GUGUAUGUGUGUGUGUGUGUCUGUGAGUGUAUGUAUGUGUGUGUGUGUCAGUGAGCGAAGUAUACGCGUGACGAUCGUACAUUUACAAAAGAUAACUUGCUCGACUCCAGCUUUAUUUGCACCUCUCUCCAACACAGCCUCCAAUAUUAAUUUCUAAUGUUCCAUGUUAUUGAAAAAAAAAAAAACUGCGCCCACCCGGAACAAUAAAACUCUCGAUUGGUUGAACAGUUGGAGACAUCAGUGGAUGGAGACGCAGACAGUUGCGCGCAUGCCCAAACGCCGAGCCCGCAGCCAAUAAAUUUCAAGGGAAAAAUCUUGUACACAUGCGGCUGAGACUCCUCCGAGCUGGCGACACAGGCGACGAAAGCAGACAGAGUCGUAAGAACAGACGACAGACGACAACGAGGACCCAACAGCUGAGUAAAGAAUCGAGUAAAGCCACUUUCGCCUGAAACGAACAGAAAAUUUGAUAUUGAGACUGCUGUAAACUUUAGCCAUUGCUCCUUGUCUACAACAUUUAGCAGAACGUGUUAGCAGUACAGAAAAUAUCGAAUCAGAGACAUUUUUAAACUUUUUUUUCUUACUGAAACUGAAGAUCAUAACAAAACGCUCAGAGAUUAAGAAAAACAAAUAUUCCGGAUUUCAUAGCCCAAACAUUGUCUUCAGUGAAAAGACCAAGGGACAACAAUUCUAUGCAACAGUUCGCAGUUUUCAACUUAGUCACUUAAAGUAAAUACCAAGGGGCGAAAAAGAAGAAUCCGUUACUUCCCUUUGUCUGCCUUCUAUCGGGAAGAGAGGAGGAAAAAUAAAAUCGUCUGUGAAGGACAGCAGCAAGAGGCGACUGUAGACCAUGGCUGUCUCCUGCUACUUUCUGACAGUCUUCUUAGUGUUGUCCUGCAGUUGUACCUGUCUGCGGCUAGCCGAUGCCUUUACAGUGUCUGAACCAGACGACAUAUCUAGAUCCGAAAGACAGCUUCUGCUCUCUGUCCUCAUCAACCUCAACAAAUUCCUCCGGCUGAGAUCAACAAAGGUCGAGGAUGACACAGGGGAGAUCACUGACGGUCAAAUUCAAGAAACUUUUCCUAAAAGCGAUUUAGAAAGCAUCUUGGACGCAAGAAUAUCCGCAGCCAAGCGAGCGAGGAGUGAUCUGUCUGGUGUCCUGCCGCCGUGGAAUGAAUUCUGUCGAAUGAUGCACAUCACCAGCUGUGUGCACAGUCGCCAGAGGUAGGCCUUCAGCUCGUCAAGGCACAGCCAGAACCUCAUGGGACCUGAAAAGUCACAAGUGCUGAAGUGGGCUUUGUUAUUUUGUCGGUUUAUAUAGCAUUAAAAUCAACAUUCAUUUCGUGGUACUUUUGGUUGUACAAGUUUUCUUGUUCAAACAUGAUUAAAUAUAUUAAUUGCAAUAAUGAUUAAAAAGUAUGGAGCUCUUUUUUGUUGAUUUAUAGCUCACCUAAGUUAUUGAUAUCAUCGUCUUUUAAAUUUAGUGGCUUCAUGAAAAUAAGCUUCUGGAAACACUCCAUUACAGCAGUAAGCUCCAACGUUUUCCUCUUCUAGUCUGAUUUUUUGGGAACCAAUUCACUGUAUUAUAAAUUACCAGAUACCAAAUGAUCUUUACAUUUAAGAAGGUAACAUUAUAUUUUUGAAUCUUCUAAAGGGUUAUGCCAUGAAAAGAAAGUAACACUGCCUGUCCUGUUUUCAAUCAGUAGCCAUCAAGUUACUGUUCGCAAAAUGAAGACACCGGAAGUUAACCAUAUCUACCUCCUAUACUGAAGACCAAGAACACUAAAAAGAGCAUCACACUUUCCCCAGACACAUCAAUAUAUCUAGCGUUUUAAUCCAAGUGUGACCGAGAGUAGCUUCCAAUUUUUCUCUCAUGUGUACAGACGAAAUAACUUUUUCGUAAUAUCUUACUGUGCGCUUUUCAAGAGAUAUAAAUAAAUGUAUGCUAGCAGUAUACGAUAAAUCAGUAACUCUCAGAGCUUACAAAAAGUAUUCUAUGAAAAAUAAACUAUUAUGCAUCUCUCUCUCUCUCUCUCUCUUUACAAUGAUUUUGUAAAAGAAAACUUAAUAUAAAAAAUUACAGCAAACUAUAUACUCUCGCUCUAUCGAAUGUACAGUACAAAUAAAAGAUAAAUGUUCUAUAAAACAUACAGUCAAGUAUUUUCUUCUUGGUCAACCAGUGUACUGUGAAGAGCUACAACAGUCUAUUUUGUUGGUUAAUUUGGUAUUACAGGAAUCACUAUUCUGCCCUCUUUGAUUCUGUUGCCUGUUUAGUUUUGGUUUACUUUGUUACAAAACGUCACAUUAAUCCUUAUUGCUGAUAAAUAUCAAUAAAAUUUCAA